AAGCAAACUCAAGACAAGUCUCUUUUGCACCAAUCUAUACUCAGUUAUCUUCACAUCAAUGGAUUCUCUAAAACCCUCAAAUACUUCCUUAAAGAAACACAAACUGAGGGUGAUAAUUGGAAGUCUUGCUCCCUUAGUUUGGAGGAGUUAUACAACAAGUAUCUAAACAACAGUACUGACAAUGAUACAAUAUCUAAGGGUCACAAAGAGCCAGCGCAAUGUGAAGAUGACACAAAUGCUAACGAGAUAAGUAGCAAUGCUGCUGACUCUCAGGAAACAAUUAGUAAGAAAAAAAAGAAAAAGAAAAGUGAAGACAAAAUUAGCAAUGUUCCAGAUGCUUCUACUGCUCAAGAGGUUUUAACAGACGAUAAGGCUGAUGUGCCCUUGAAGAAGAAGGAGAAGAAAAAGAAGAAAACUGAGGAGAAAUCAGAAAGUGUAGUACCUGUAGACAAUGGUAAUACUGAUCUUACUGUGGAAACAACUAAAAAGGAUAAAAAGAGAAAGUCCAAGGAAGAGAGUGGAGCUGCUGAUUCUAAGGAUUCCAAGAAGAGAAAAAGAUUAGCUUCUGAUGAAAACGAAAAUCAGGCAGUUGAUGGGGUUGGAACUGAAGAAUCAAAGCGCAGAAAGACCGAAGGCUUGGAACAAGAACAAAAUGGUGAAGUCGUUGAAGCAAACUCUAAUGGUAAUCAUCACGAUGAGUUCAACAAUUCUGCUAAGGAGAAAUCAUCGAGGAAAGAGCUUAAUGGAUCAGCAGAGCCAAAAACUGUAAAUGCCUUUCAAAGAGUGAAAAUUGAUCAGGUGGAGUUUAAAGACGAUAGGCUUAAAGAUAAUUCUUAUUGGGCAAAGGAGGGUGCAGAUAUUGGCUAUGGUGCAAAAGCACAGGAAGUUUUGGGCCAGGUUAAGGGAAGGGAUUUCCGACAUGAGAAGACCAAGAAGAAGCGAGGUAGUUACAGAGGAGGGAUAAUUGACUUGAACUCGCACUCGGUCAAGUUCAACUACUCAGAUGAGGAGUAACCUGUUUCAGCCUAUUUUCAGGGAAAGCCUCUUUUCUUUUAUAAAGAAAAAAGAUUUCUUUUUUGCGCUUGUGGGAUUUGAUUAUUUAAGUAGAACGAUAAAGAUUUCAUUAAACUUAAGAAGUUGAUCCUAUCAAAGAUAAUCCCACCCUUGAAACGCUGACAAAAGGUCGUCUGCGUCUUCGUUUUCUUGUUUGUUAUUUUCGUCAAGUUGUUUUUGAGCUCAGAAACUGUGUCAAUUCAUGAAUUUGUAUUUAUAUUAAUCAAACUAGUGUCUUAAUCCUCUCAACAUGAGAGAUUUUUGUUACCUUUA